ACACGACGGGCAAACUGCAUCACCGGUGCAGAGCGAGAGAGGCGUCGCACUGGAUAUAGUGACUGGUGAAAGAGUGGCCUGGGAGUGAGCAGAUAACACACCCUGGCUGGCUUUGUAGUCUAGAAAAUAUAUCCCCAGCUCAUCGCCAUCUUCAAGACUACCGAUUAAACAUCUUGAGGACAGGACCAACCUCAUCAUCUGUACUCCUCCGACGCGAAAGCCGUCAAGGAUUCGUCCAUUCCUCCUGACUAGUGUCUACUUUGACAUAGGACGCUUGACAGAACAGUAUCAUGCAGGGUGUAGCGAUCUGUUUGAUCGUGCUAUUUGUAGCAGUGUGCAGGGUGGAUGCAAGACCGAGAGAUCACAAGAGGCGUCACCAUGGUGAAGCAGAUUACAAGGACGAAGUCAACUCCUGCACGUUCAUGGUGUGCCCAAAGGGAAGCCAGUGCACCUUUAACUCCAGCCUGAGCGACCCGAUCUGUGUGUGUAUCACAGAGUGUAAGUCCCACCAACACCCUGUCUGUGGCUCGGACGGCUUAAUCUACGACAAUCACUGCGAGUUGCACCGGGCUGCCUGCAUCAAGCAGACUCACAUCGCUGUAGUCCAAGAUGCAGUCUGCAAGAAGCCCACCUCUGAGUUGAUUGGAAGCAACCUGAAUGUCUUGAGCAACCAACUGGACAGAGAGGAUGAUGCCAAGCAGGCGCAAGAUAUCACUGAACCUACAGUAGAUGUUACUGCUGAUGAUAAUGAUGACAAAGAUGACGAGGAGUAUGAACCUGAGGAAGAUAAAGAUGAAGUUAGGGAGACUGAAGAUGAAUGGGACGUAGGUGAGAGUGAUAGGGAGAUGGCCAAAGACGAACCCCUUGAUGCAACAGAAAAACCUAUAUUUGAAGAAAUCCCUACUGAAGUUCCUUGCUCUGAGGAGGGACUGGUAGAUCUCAAGACCAGCAUCUUGGAUCACUAUCGGGCACAGUUCAGCAACUCCCGGGACGACCCCGCCCUGCCGGAGCUGGACAGGAAGUUCCUUGUGAGUCUUAUGACCAACCACUUUGAUUCAUCACGGGACAGCAUGCUUACCAAGGAUGAGAUUCUCUCCAUGGUCUCACGAGACCGGAUCGGAGGGCUGUUUAAGCAGUGUUCGCUGCUGGACAUUCUGCGCAUCUACGACAAGAAUGGCGACAAAAAGCUGGACCCAUACGAGAUGUAUGACGCCUUCGACGUUCAUAUAGUCACGAUUCCGGAGGACAUACGCCAACAAACCAAGGUGGCUAAAGCAGGCGAUAACAUCGUACUGGUCUGUGGGAUCGAUGUUGAAGACAAGUCCAAUAUCAUCUGGCAGCGCAAUGGAAUGGAUCUCGUUGAUGUUGAGCUCGUGGACGGGAUAAAGGUAUGUUGCUGUCAAAGCGCUUGUAGCAAUUUUGUGCCAUUUUUGUACAAAAAGUGCAUUUCUUCAGUGAAUUUUUAAAAAUGCUUUGCAGGU